UGAAGGUCGCUGCCUGCUACCACCCCAACGCCAAACGCUGCCACUCCGACCGGCCGGCGCUGGCUCUCGCCCCCACUUCGACGCGCACCUCCGGAGCCCCAACACCGGCCGGCGCUGCGCCCGUGCUCCCGACCGGCGCCGGUGCCAGCACCGCCGCCUGCUCCCGACUGAACUCUAACCGCCGUGGCCGGAUGCUGCUAACCGCGCCCACUCCAUCGGCCGCCGCCUGCUUCCACCCCAAAGACGACGGCCACCUGCUGCGCCCAUGCUACCUCUUCUAUGCAGAUGGGAGAAACAAUUAAUUGAAGAUGUUUCUAUUAGGUUUGCCCCUCUUGACAUCAAGAUUGAUAUAAUGAUCAAGGAAAACAAAAAGGACAGUUGAAAUCAUCCAAAGCUAAUAGCCAUCCAGUAUAAUGGCAUACCGUGGACAACUGGAUGGACGCCAAGCUUUAGGUUUGAUGCGUGAUGGCUCCUUCCCUGGAUCCAGCCUUUCUGGCCGCCAACCUUUGGAUCAUACUGCCACCACUCUGGAAAUCUUGGAAAAGAAGCUUGCUGCGCAGACUGCCGAGGCAGAAAAGCUUAUUAGAGAGAAUCAACGAUUGGCAACAAGCCAUGUGGUCUUGAGGCAGGAUAUUGUUGAUACUGAGAAAGAGAUGCAAAUGAUCCGUGCUCACCUAAGCGAUGUUCAGACAGAGACUGAUAUGCAGAUGAGAAAUUUGGCUGAGAGAAUGAGGUUGAUGGAGGCAGAUAUACAAGCUGGUGAUGCAGUGAAGACGGAUCUUCAUCACGUGCAUAUGGAGGCAAAGAGACUUAUUGCUGAGAGGCAGAUGCUUAGCGUUGAGAUAGAUAAAGUAACUAAAGAGAUAAAUAAACUCUCUGGUGACGGUAAGAAACUUCCUGAAUUACUGGCUGAGCUAGAUGGGCUCCGGAAAGAGCAUCAGGGUCUAAGAUCUGCUUUUGAAUAUGAGAAAAAUACAAACAUCAAGCAAGUUGAGCAGAUGCGGACGAUGGAAAUAAAUUUAAUGACUAUGACCAAAGAGGCUGACAAGUUACGUGCUGACGUGGCAAAUGCUGAAAAGCGAGCACAAGCAGCACAGUCAGUGGCAGCACAGGCGGGGGCAGCACAUGUGACAGCUUCGCAACCUGGGGCAGCACAAGCUACAGCAGUGCCAGCUGCCACAAACCCAUAUGCCAAUGCAUUUACCAGCCAUGCCUCUGCAUAUCAGCAAGGAGCCACCCAACCUGGGGUUUAUCAGCAAGGGACAACCCAAGCUGGGGUGUAUCAACAAGGAUCUGCCCAAGCUGGGGCAUAUGCUUACCCAACUGCUUAUGAUGCUGCUGCCGCUUACCAGAUGCAUGCUGCGCAAGCGAAUGCAUAUGCAGGCUAUCCUGGCUAUCAGGUUGCAGGUUACACACAGGCCGCCCUACAAGGUUAUCCUGGUGCUUAUGCUGCACCUCAGCACCCAAUAAGCAGUGGGGUAGCUACAGAUGCUGCGAGCAUGUAUGGUGUGGUCAGUAGUGCUGGAUAUCCUACUGGAGCUGUUCAGUCAAGCAGUGGAGCUGCAGCUGCCAAUGCAGGACAAGCACCAGCAACUUAUCCUGGCGCGUAUGACCCAACCAGAGCAGGCCAGAGAUGAAAUCCCAGUUCCAAAC